CUAGAAUUAAUUGUUUCCAAAUUGUGAGGUUUGUUUUUUAAUUUAGAAAUUGGAUGCAAUUAAAUUAACGUCCAAUUUUAGUUUUCAUUCUGUUGUUCCUGUUGUAAGAAGAAUCGAAAAUCUAUUGUCUUCUAUUAAGAGGUUUGGUUUAUCUCUUUUACUGUGAUUGUUUUGUUGUUGUUGUUUGGAGAUUAAUUUAAUUGUGGAACUUUUUUUCAAUUGGAAUCAUGGCUUCAGCAGUUACUUCUACUAGUGAUUUACAAGUUACAUAUGAAGAUCAAAGUAAAAUCAAUCGUUUUGCUUGUCACAAUUCUAAAUUAGAAGAGAUCAAAGAGGAAUUGGUUAACAAAGAAAAGGAACUGAAAAAUAUAGAGGAAUCAAUUGGAGAGAUGGACUUGUAUUCAACUCUGAACGAUGAUGAAGGUUUCAACAUCAUGGAAGGUGAAAUGUUUGUUCACUUCACCGGGGAAGAAGCGUUGGAAUGGGUGAACAAGAAGAAGGAGGAAUUGAGCCGAGAAGUUUCCACCAUGAAAGAUGAAGUUGAUCGAUUACGGGAAGAGAUGAACAAACUGAAGACUGAUCUCUAUGCUAAAUUUGGUCGAAAUAAUAUCAAUUUAGAAGCCGAUGAACAAUAAGAUCAUUUUUUUUUGUUUUUUUAAUCUUACUCAAACUCAUGAAAAAUAAACUAAAGAUUUCAUAGAGACAAAGUUGUUAUGAUUUAAUGCUAAAAACGACUUUGGAUCCAUCAAAUAUUUCGUAUGGGUGUAAACGGUCAAUCCACUGAUCCAAUCAGAUGAACCAAAUAAAUAUUUCACUUUGUAUAUUUCUGUUUAGAUCGUUUCUCUGAUCUGAUUAGUCGGACUUUCGAUGGAGAUUAAAAUGAAUUUGAUCAAUAAAAUUUGUGAAAAGUAAAAUAGAGACAUGAA